GUUCUUGCACGAGUAUGUCUAGCAAGAGCAACAUAACCUAACAUUUUCAUUGAAAAGAGACUUAUCUCACUCGACCCUCGACUAAUUGAGUUACGAGGGCUGCGGACGGUGGCCAGAAGACUCUCAAAAGUAACCCCUGUGACCUUCCCCUGAGUGACACACAGAAAAUCCCAAACGCGAGUUGCACCAGGUGUUCGGGAGGAAAAUUAGAGCAGAAAUCGAUCGAAAUUCGGUGCAAAAAGAGGGAAAUCGUGAACGUGUCCCACGAUGGCCAUCAACAAUGAACCCACGUCGGGUUCCUUGCGAAAUAGAUCAGUGAAAAAGGGGGACAGAGGUGUUGCAAAGUGCACGAGUGGUGUGGAAUUAAGUGAAGGGCAUCAACUGCGCCCUGAAACCGACAGCUUUCCGAAUAUUAAUGAGAGGCCUGUUGAUGACAUCUCUAUUGAAUUUUUUUACACUCCUCACACUAUCACACUUCUCCUUAUUUCCAUUGGUGCUGUUAUUUAUUUCGCUUUUGUCAGAGACGUGACAGUGGAGAACGACAACAUCUGGGCAGGAAUCUACUGCGUGAUUUUCUUCUUCCUGAUAAUAUCAGUCUUAACAUUUCCAAAUGGUCCUUUCACACGUCCCCAUCCAGCAGUCUGGAGGAUAGUCUUCGGCUGCAGUGUCCUGUACCUCAUGAUGCUGCUCUUCAUGCUCUUCCAGAGUUACGAUACUGUACGAAACAUCCUGGUGUGGGUAGAUCCCAAGUUGUCAGCUUUCCACAUAGACAUGGACAAGGAGUACGGGGUCAACUGUUCGGAUAUAACUGUGGAGAAGAUCUGGAAUCACAUGGAUAUUUUUGCUGUCGCUCAUUUCCUUGGGUGGACAUUCAAGGCAGUGUUGAUUAGACACCUGGGCUUGCUCUGGGCCACCAGCAUCAUGUGGGAACUCACCGAGAUGGCUUUUGCACAUUUACUACCGAAUUUCAUCGAGUGCUGGUGGGAUGCUGUCGUGCUAGACGUUCUUGUCUGCAACGCUCUUGGCAUCUGGGUCGGUUUAAAAAUCUGCUCAAUCCUCGAGAUGCGCGAGUACAAGUGGGUCAGUAUAAGGGACAUCGAGAGUACAACUGGAAAGUUAAAACGUGCUGUACUACAAUUCACACCGGCAAGCUGGACAUCUACCAGAUGGCUCGAUCCAACAUGCACGUAUAUGCGUUUUGUUGCAUUGUGCCAGCUAGUUAUUUUCUGGCAGGUCUCUGAGUUGAACACGUUUUUUCUUAAACACGUUUACGAAUUUCCACCGUCACAUCCGUUCGUUAUCUCCAGAUUAUUCCUCGUUGGCGUUAUCGUAGCGCCUUCAGUCAGACAAUAUUAUAUGUACGUCACAGACCCUACAUGCAGUCGAGUUGGUACCCAGUGUUGGGUCUAUGGUGCAAUAAUGGUCACUGAGGCGCUACUUUGCAUCAGACAUGGUGCUGAACUCUUCGAGAGGACUCAGGCUGUCAACAUCAUCGUGUGGCUACUCUGUCAGUCUUUGAUAUCAGUCCUGUGUGUCUACGGUUGCGUUCUCUGGCAUAAAUACUUCGAGACGGAAAAGCAAAACCCACCGACCCAACAGGACAAGUGUCGCAUUGAAACAUCUACAUGUGACGAACAAUUGGAUGACGUUGAAGGCAACUGUGUGGAGGCUUCUGACUCAGGAAAAAAGGAACUGUAAUCGCAUCGGGCUGUCGAACUCAUCAGAAUAUUCUAGUCGUGCCACCUGAUCAAUGAUAUACCUCCAAUGUUUGCAAAGCACCUGACGAAAUGCCAUGAAAUCACAAGGAGGAGAGUAAAAAGCUGAAUGAUGAAUUAGGAGAAGGUUCUCAGGCUGGUGGUCAUCCAGGGGAGAGUCAGGCCUUAAAAAUAGUUCAUGUGGAGCGUGGAAUUAUCGAGCUGCGGGUAUGGGGACCUCGAGGUAUGGAAAUACCCCGCAGGAGAAGGGCGUUAGCAGUUGAGAGCCUUCAGCACACUUGAAUACCUCACCAAUCCUUCUGUUACUCAUCGCAGCGGCGUAAACUCGCAGUCUACCCGGUAGCUGGGGAUCCUCGUGCAACGAGAUGGAGGAGGCAGUGAGCGGUGCCUUUGUACAAUGUGUCUGUAAAUUAAUUGAUCCAUAGAAUUCAAAGAUUAUGAAAUUACUGAGGUGAUUAGUCGGCGGGGAACUUGCAUGAAUUGCUUGACUUCUUUUUCAUCAAAUUUUCGGUGCUCCAUAAUUAUUUUCAGCCUCAGAAUUAAUUACUUUUUUUUAAUGAAUGAAUGAGAGCAAAAUAAAUCCGUACAAGUUGCCUGCUGAAUUUAGAGAUUGAUUGUUGCACGAUUUCCAAUUGUAGAUGUAGAAAAAAAUGAAAAUUGUGCAAAACACGAACAUUAGAAUUAAGAUAAGUAAUUUGAUGAGAGAAUCACCUGGGCCCAUGUGAUGUAGAAUAAUUGAUCGGCGUUCAAGUCAAACCAAGGGAUGGGUUUAACUUGAUUCAGACCCAAUCUGUCCAAAGUAUCGUGAGCCAAUCUCACUCCCGCAGCGUCAGACAGUCUCUCAUUUAGCGUGUGUGGGGGGAUCUACUCGAGGAAGCCAUUAAUUUAUUUUAUUAUCUAGAAUAUCAGGUUUAAGAUAGAAACAUGCAGAUCAUGAGAAAAAAAGGAAUGAAAGAAAAUGUUAGAGAGAAGCAAGCACCAAAGUUUUUCGAAGGGCCAUUUAAUGAAAAUAAAUACACUUUUACCUUCAGUUUCACUAGCUGAUUAGUCCCAGGAAUUAUUAUUUCAAUUGGAUACCGAAAGAUCUCAUCCCUUUGGCAUGUGAUGUAGUUUUGAUAAUGUAUCAUAGUGAAAUUGGAAUCAUCCAGAAUAGGAAAGUCAGAGUGUCGGGUGUCAUUCCAAUACUGUAUACCUAAACGAAAGGAGUAGACGAAUCAUCGGUGACCGAAAUGUUAAAGAGAUGCUCAAUUCAUUGUACAUACAUUAUCGUAGAAUGAAUUAAUUUUUUUAUGGUAUUCAUUGUUUUUGGACAUGUUUUAAGCAUAAUUAGACUACUUAGAGGAUCUCUAGGGAGGACAGUCAUUAGUUUUUAAGGAUAUUUUACCAUUGACAUCGAAAUAGCUUGAUAUCUCGUGCGCCAGGAGGGUACCGACACUCGACAGUGUCGCGUAAUUGUAUUUUCCAGUUUUUUCGACGGAUUUCAGGGGUCCUAGGGCACCUAGGGGGACGAGAAUUGUGUUGAGGGCGUGGAGGGCUCGUGGCAGGGGUUGAAACGCCGUUGCAAAGCUCCUCCAACUGGAAUUUAUUUUUUAAGUUUGCACAAUUGUCAGGGAUUUCCCUCUUAAAAAUUCAGAAUUGGUACUUCAUUGGGACAUUAAAAAUAUUAUUAUAACUUACAGGGAUUUAGGAUCGUGGGGGCUGUUAUUUAGAAUCCCAUAAGAUUCCUCUUUCGCUAUGUAACUCCAGUCGCUGGGAAAGAUAUCAUCUAUUAGUGGGGCCCGAUUUAUUUCUUCGAAAUAAGAAACCUGUGGGAGAGAUAUUUUAAUAGCAUCCAAUUUCUUCAGCAAAUACUCUCGACCCUCGUUCGAAACCCAGUCAAUCCCUUCGAAUUUCGACCUCAACGUGCGCUUGAGUUCAUUAAAAAUAUCUGAAACCUAAACAGUUAAUUAGUUUACGCGUCGAAUGACCGUUUUUUCGAUUUUAUUUACCUUAGAUUGCAAUGUAUUUAAUUCAUCUUCUGUGAAUGACGACAUGUAGAGCUUAGAUGCAUGACUUGGCAGAACCUUCGUGGCGAUUCGCAGACAGUCGGCUUCCCAAUCUUGCGAAAAGUUCGCUUUUUUCAUCUUUGAAGAUUAAAAUUAAUUAAUUAACAUGAGAAGUGGUGAAAUAAUUAUACUUUAGACGAGUAAUUUCUAAAAUAUCAGUUUCUUUAAUUAUUCGCAAGUGAAUGAUCUACCCAGUCAAAUAAACUCCCAUGAACAAUCCCGGAAACCACUGCUAGCAGCUGUGAAGAAUUAUACAGUCCGUAGUCAUCGAUUUUCCUCAUAAUGCGAAAUAAAUUAUCUUUGAAGUAAACUUGUAUCUUAGUGUCGUGGCUGAUAGUCAAUAAUUGCGAGUAGUUUACCUGUUUAAGUAACAAAUGUUAGGGUCGAGUGGACAAUUAAUUGUGAUAUGAUUUUUUGUUUUCUAUUUUUUAAUGAAAAGACAAAACAAAGAUAAGACUUACGUAGGUAGAUUGCUUAACAAGAUCGCCGACGGUUAAUACAGUGUAAUUUCUCGAUCUGUGUGCUUCCCGUAUUUCAUUCUCUGAAGGAAAAUCCUAGAAACAAUAUUGAUAAUUACUCGAUUGAUCGACGAACAACUGAUCGACAUGAAAAUGAAUUUAUCUGAUGUUUUUGUUACUGAUAAGAGACUUCUGAUGAAGUCAAGAGGAAGGUCUCCAUUGGAUAUUUCCAUUGAGGCAUCCACCAGCUCGCUUGUAUUAUUCUGUACAAAGAAAGGAAAUUAAAGGCGAAAUUAAGACAAA